AUGGUCAAGAGUAAUCAAGAUGUCAUUAACGACUUCAAUAACACCGUCAAUGUGACCGCUGACGAGCUUGAAGAAUGGCUCAAGGGUGGUGAGUCCCAGAAGUCGGGCUGGUCAAAAGAUGACGGCUCCGGAGAAAGCGUUGGCCACGAGAGUGGAAGGAAGAUUGUCGAGAUCCUGAGAAAGAACCCAACCAAGAAUCCAUCCCAGUAUGACGAAGAGGACUUGGCCCAUAUGAGGAAAGUUGCCGCCUACAACAAACGCCAUCUGGCCCAGGAGCAGAAGGCCAAGCAAGACACCAACAGCAACUCAUACCGGUCAUUGAUGAACUGGGGCCAUGAUGCGCAGAAGGAGGCCUGA